AUGAAGAGACAUAGCAGAGGAAGAGAUCUACUCCAAAGAGCACUCAAUUUAUCAGGUAUCAGUGAUAACAAUAUGCUGCAAGGUAAUCUUGAUGUUGAAGUCGAUUUAUAUGAUCAAGAUGAAACGAUGUUUGCUUGUACACAGGAAGUAAAUAUUAUACAAAAAUUACCUUUUUCCAGUACAGAAAUGAUCAAUCAUACAAUUACUGCACGUGACUUUGAAUCUGAUUUCGUUAUGCCUUGUACUCCUACCACAUCUAUUGCAAUAGCCACCCUACCACCCCAAGAACAAGAUUUUAAUGAAGAUGAAACAAUGAAAAAUGUAGUUCAUGAGACCAUAGCUGUUAUCGAGAAAUCACCUUGUUCCAGUCCAUCUACUUUAAAUCCACGUUUUUUAGAUGAAACAAUACACCCAGUUCUGAAUAACAUAGUCACCUCAUCCAACUCAAAAGGGCCUACAAUGACACUAGAAUCUUGCUUCGAAUUUGAUGAGCCUAUGGGGGGAAAUAUUCAAACCGCAGCUUGUUCCAGCCCAUCUCCUUUAAUUUCGACAUCUAUUUUUCUACACGAAAAGACUGGGGAAUUUCGGAAUCACGACCUAAACGAAACUUUAGAAUUUAAUUGUAGUGAUAAUGAACAAGAUUGUGACUAUGAACCGGAUCUAGAGGAAUCUUCCACAGAUUGUGACUCGUAA